CAGAGAGCCAGAGAAGGGAAUCUUGAACCUAGGUCACACUUUUGGCUUUGCCCCUGCCACACUGGGACUUAGCUUCUUUUUCUGUAAGGUCAAAGCCCACGCCCCGGAGACACGGGCUCAACUCUAGUCCCCCUUCCACGCUGUGACUUUUUGACUUCGACUCUCGGACUUCUCAGCCGUGACCACGGGUCUCAGAGGAGUUGACUAUGCUUGGGCAAAGGGGAUGCCAGGGUUCAUGCGAACAAGAUUGAUGGCUCUCCAGCCUGAGUCCCCGGGGACAAGGAAACCCCUCGCGGUACAGCGCCCACGAGAUGCCAGCUCAGCAUUUUCACUCUUCCUCCCGUAGGAGGGUGUGAGGAUGUGGGGUGCAGAGCACACUGAGUACGACAGCCAUGGCAUUGAUGCACCAUCAUGAGGCAGAGCCAUGGCUGGCAGGACUCUGCAAUCAGGACACCUGGAAGAGGAUACUACCAAAGACCUGGCUCUGAAAUUACCACCAGGGAAGUCUGGAGGUCACCUGGCCAGCAUUGAUGAGACCCGACCUGUAGGCCCAGGCCCAGCCUCCCGUCGCGGCUCCCUGCUGAGCCUACACCCAUCCUUUUCACGCCGCAACUCACUGGCAGGACCCCUAGUAGGUCUUGGAGGUCGACGACCAUCCCUGGGCCUGAUGCCCCCUUUAGGUUCACGAGUUAGUUUUUCUGGGUUACCCAUCAUGCCUGCCCGUCGGAUGGCACCCUCAUACCGCACCGAACCAGCACUAGGUGAGCGUUGGGAAGCUGCAAGCGCUCAGCGUGUCCUGGAGGCAACACUGGAUGCAGGGCUUAGCAAUGUGUUCUACUCGGGUACCGAGGCGGGGAAACUGGCAAAGGCGCUGUGUGAACAGAUCCGCAUACGUGUGCGGGAGCUCAGCCUACCCCGCUACAAACUGGUGUGCAGUGUGGUGCUGGGACCACGCGAGAGACAGGGCGUGCAUGUGGCCAGCCGGGCACUCUGGGACGCAGUACAUGAUGGACUGGCCUCUGCCACUUUCACCAACACUUCACUGUUCGCCGUGGCUACUGUCCACGCAGUUUACUGGGAAUGAUAAAGCCUUUAA